AUGCUCAUCAACGAAAAGACCGCCCUCUCGUCCUCCCGUGUCCUGCUCGUCCCAUACUGCAAGCACCAUGUGCCGCAGUACCAUGAGUGGAUGAAAGACCCCGAGAUCCAACAAGCCACCGCUUCCGAACCAUUAAGCCUUGAGGAGGAAUACGCCAUGCAAACCAGCUGGCGCACCGAUGCGGAUAAAUUAACGUUUAUAAUCUGUUUGCCGCUUCGUCAAACGCUACAAUCAUCAUCAUCAUCUUCUUCUUUUUCUUCUUCUUCACCAUCUUCGUUACCAGCUGGGGCUGUGGCUCGUGUUGCUGCAGCUGCAGAGGAUGUAAACGCCAGCCAACCCGCAGAGGUGCGAGCUACGGCACCGCUGACUGAUCCAUGUAUCGAUGCCUCAGCAUCAAUGCUGGGAGACGUGAAUUUGUUUCUGAGACUAGAUGCGGACGAUGAAGGAGGUGGUAAUGGCCAUCUCCCUGCUGCUGCUGCAGGUAGCAGCGCAAGAGUCGUCGGUGAAAUAGAACUUAUGAUAGCAGAGAAAGUGAAGCAGGGUAAGGGGUAUGGGAGGGCUGGACUGGUAUGUUUCUUGAAGUAUAUUGCGGACCAUGAGGUGGAAAUUAUGAAGGGGUUUGUUUCUUCGUUAUCGUCUGCUGCUGGGGUCGCUGCUGCUAACGAUAAUGGGAGACGGGACGAGACAAAACUAGGAAAAGUGGUAGUGGGAGAGGGGAAACUAGCAUAUCUAUCUGCUAAGAUUGGCGCAGGUAAUGCGCGCAGUCUGGGGUUGUUUCUGAGUUUGGGGUUUACGAAGGUGUCAGAUGAGCCGAAUGUGUUUGGGGAGGUGGAGUUAAGGAGGGAAGGAUUGGGUAGAGAUGAGGGGGAGCAGUUGUUGAGAAGGUGUGGGGUGGAGGAGUAUAUGGAGGUGGGCUACGAACGGGGAUGA